AUGUUAUCCAGUUAUACUUCACUUACAUACAUUUUACUCUUCACAUCGGUAGUAUCUGCCCUACCUGUAUUUCAAAAUAAAAAAAUCGUCACAAGAGUUCAUACAGCUAGCACAACUAAUACAGUGACCGAUUUUUAUUCUACUACAACCGAAGUUAUCGUUGCUCCAACUGUCGAAUACAUUGUUAGUGAUACUGUCACUUUCACUACUACAUUAUACCCAGAAGGUGUUGAUACCACAGUUGAACCAAGUACUACUAUUACUGUAAUGCAAAACAAUGUCAACCCAACCUUCAUUACUGCUCCUUCUUCCAGUUCUUCUGUAAUUGAAACUCCAGCUGUUACUUCUUCUACCACUACUACUUUGGAACCUGCUACUUCUACCACUACUACUUUAGAACCUGCCACUCCUUCUACUACCACUUUGGAACCAACUACUACAUCUUCUGUUUACGUACCAGAAACUACAACUUCUUCAUCUACUUAUACUGCUCCAACUAAAGUCGUUCCUGUCACAGUUUCCACUCAAGGUAAGACCACCACUACAAUGGUCCCAGUUCUAACAGAUGUUGUCAACAACGAACAUAUCGAAGGUUCUACUCCUGCUACCACAAACCAAGUAGCUGCUACUACUACCACUACUGCUGCUGUCGAUCAAUCUACCGAAGUCUCUACCACAUCUAGCAUUGCUUCUGCUACUUCUACUUACAAUUCCAACUCUUUACUAUCAAAGAUCCCAGUCACCUUAGUCUAUUCUCCAUACAAUGAUGAUGGUUCUUGUAAAUCUGCCACUGAUGUCUACAAUGAUCUUUCCAUCAUUAAAGCUAGAGGUGUCAACAAGAUCCGUAUCUACGGUACUGAUUGUAAUUCUUUCGAAACUGUGUUACCUGUUUGUGCACAAUUCGGUAUGACCGUCAACCAAGGUCUAUGGAUCGGUUCUGCCGGUGUUGAUUCCAUCAAUGAUGCUAUCACUCAAUUGAUCACUUACGGUCAAUCUAAUGGUUGGGGUGUAUUUGAUUAUAUUACUGUCGGUAACGAAGCUGUUAUUUCUGGUUACUGUACCGUUGCUGAUUUAAUCUCCAAGAUUGCUUCUGUCAAGAGUCAAUUACAAGCUGCUGGUUAUUCAGGUCAAAUUACUACCUCUGAACCACCAGUGACAUACGAAAACAACCCAGAAUUAUGUACUGAUUCUGCCAUUGAUUUUGUUGGUAUUAACCCACAUUCAUACUUCGACACUUAUUCUACCGCUGAAACUUCUGGUUCUUUUGUCCUUGGCCAACUUCAAUUGAUCCAAAAGACUUGUGGUACUUCUAAUGUCGUUGUUACUGAAACUGGUUACCCAUCUGCUGGUAUUCAAAACGGUGGUAAUAUUCCAUCUCAAGCUAACCAAUUGAUUGCCGUUCAAUCUAUCUUAGAUACUGUCGGUACUGAUGUUACUAUCUUAACCUAUACUAACGAUUACUGGAAGAAUGCUGGUCCAUACGGUAUUGAACAAUCAUUUGGUAUCAUUGAUAUUUUGCCAUAA